AGAACAGGAAGUGUUCCAGUUGUAGUACCAGCGCCGAGUGCCAAUGCUUCUCUGUUGAAAAUCAAAACAAAAUUUUGUUUGGAUGUGGAGUUGCUGUAGGUGGAUAACGUCACGCAAUAUAACAUAUUAGCUCGUUGAUGUUACAGUUAACAAUUAAUUGAAGGGUUCUUCAGAGUCUCACGGGAGAGUUUAUCACAAUGAAUAUUUUGCCAAAGAAAAGCUGGCAUGUCCGUAACAAGGAUAACAUUGCCCGUGUGCGUCGGGAUGAAGCACAGGCAGCAGAGGAGGAACGUGAGGUGCAACGCCGGGUGGAACGAGCAGAGCAAGAGGCACGGACAGCAUAUUUGAGACGGAAGUCGCAAGCUGCCCAUUGUGGACAAGGAUUGGAGGCAGGAUUGGAGGGAGGACUGGAGGCAGUGGAGGAAGACCAGCCAGCGGUCGUAGAGAAGCACCUGAAUCUGUUCCCUGUGGAGGAGGCCGGGGAGAAGAAGGGCAAUGAGGAGUAUCUCAAAGAGAAAAGAGAUGAGAAGGAGCGUCAGGAGCGUGCAAUCGGCCUGCUGGUGUCCCUUGGUCCUGCCCCCGGAACCGAGGCUACUCCCUGGUAUCUCAAAGACCGGGGAAGUAAAGAAGAAAAGGAAGAUGAGAGGGACACUGCAAAGAAACGGCAAAGGGAAAAAGAGGGACACGGCAAGGGGAAGACGGAAGAAGAGAAGACCAAGAAGGACCUGAGGCUGAAGGACAGUCUGGAUCCGAUGAGAGAGAUGAAGAAGGCGUUAGCCAUCAAGGACAAACACAAGAGUAAGAAGAAGGACAGGAGGGAGAAAGGGCAGAAGAGGAGUGGGGAAAGCUCAAUAGAAAGGCUGCGUGCUGAACGACUAGAAAGAGAGGUGGCUGAAAGGAGAAAAGCCCAGGCCCUGCUGGAUGAAAGGAGCGGGAAAGGAAAAGAUCAGCGGAGGGAAGUGGAGGAGAGAGACAGACCUUACAACAGCGCCUAUUUUCCAGAGCUGGCACGUAAAAGACAGCGAAGAGAGAGGGAUCAAUAUGGCUUGUGAAAUAUUGGGCGCUUGCUACUUUUGGACAGUAAAGCCUCUUUAAAAAGACAUUUGGAGGUUUGAUAUUUUAAUUUAGGAUCAACUUCUCUGCAUGGUACAUGUAGCUAUGUGCCCACCUACUGACCAAUUUUAGCAUUGUGGAUGAUUAGGUCGCCAAUUCACUUGAUAUUCAUUAUUAUUAUUUUAUUGUGAAAAUAACCAUCAAGAAACAAAUUACACACUGGCAAUAUGCAAGUCUACUGUGCAAUAGUAUACAAUAGCCGCUGACAAAUUGUUUACAAAUAUGCCAAUAAUUAAAAUAAACAGAAGACUAAUAGAUGGUAGAGGCAUGCGUCAAAACAAGACUUUAUUUGUAAUGUUAUUCACUAAAUAUGCUUUGAUAUGUUUGUAUUUUCUCAUUGUUAGCAUCCUAUGAAUAUUGUUUUCACGCAUACACAGAGAUUCUCAGACUCAGUGGAUGUGAUUUCAAAUACGAAAUAUACAAUUAAUUCAAUGUUCGUAUAUUACAAUUGCGUUAUAUAAUUAAUAUUAAAAGACUUUCUCUGUGGUA